GCAAUUAUUUAAAUGCCACUCAUAAUUAUACAACGAAAAAUAUUAAUGGCAUACUCUUCUUAGUAUUAAAAACGAUAAUGCACUCGGUUUGCAGAGCAUAUUUGUGUUGUUAAUAGCUCUGCGCAAACGCAACCCUUGUUGGUAGGAAAAUCAACAGACAGACGACAACAAACAGUCCCAAAUGUCGCCAUCACACUCACACCCUUCGCUGUCGCUGCCUCUGCUGCUGCUGACGUCGCUGCUCUCAGUAAUUCCGGUUUUGGCCUCCUCAUCGCCUGGUGUAAAAAUAUUGCGCGCUCCUGAGUCCAGGGUAGCGCCAAAUGGUGAUGAAAUCGUUUUCGAAUGCGAGACCAGUUUGGCACCGGAUCUUUUUGAGUGGAGAUAUCGACGCCAUCAAAAUUCAAGCAGCCGUUCUCUUGCUUUCAGAAUGAGGUAUUCAAAAGUCGUUGGUGGAAAGCUGCACAACAUUACCAAUGCGAAUGCCGUAUCGAAGUUGAGUGUCUUUGUGCGACAUGAUACCCAAGGCGAAUAUCGAUGUGUGGCCUGGUUCGGUCCUGUGGCGGUAACAUCUACAACGGCGCGUUUGGAUCUGGCAACCAUUGAGCUAAAUGAGCCAGAUACUUCGACAGAGCCAAUUUAUUGGCGAGCAACAUCUGGAAAUACAUUGCUGCUGCCAUGUGGUAAGAUCAAUUCGAAGCCGGCACCGGCUUGGAGUUUCUAUCGCAAUGGUGUGGAAGUGAAAGCCCCUACUACUGCAAACAAUGACACGCUAGUGCUAUCGCCAGCCUCAGAAACAGAUAGCGGACUGUAUUCUUGUGCAGCUACUAAUACAGUUUUAGGAUUAAAGCUUGCAUUGCCGCAACGCAUAAAACUGGAGAUUGUUUCCGCGGGUGGUGCUUCACAAAUAGCGCCUCAUUUUUUGUCCCAUCAUUUGAUGCACAAGGCAGUAACUGCGCACGAGGGCGACCCUGAGGUCCUGUUGCUCUGUCCCAGCGUUGGCAUGCCCAAACCUACGUCCGUAUGGAGCAGUCCCAAUGCUGGAAGUGCUCUGCACACAAAUCGCACCCGUGUGUUGCCCUAUGGUCUGCAGAUCUUUAAUGUGGAGGCACAGGAUGCUGGCAUUUAUAUAUGCUAUAUCGAUAAUGGGGUAAGGCCAACUUUGGAAUUUUUUAUAGAAUUGACUGUGCAGCAGCUGCCGCGUAUUGUCCGCGCCCCUAGUGCAAACUUGACCAAUGAGGGUGAGCAACUGCACCUUGAAUGUCGAGCAACAGGCGACCCAGAGCCGCAAAUCUAUUGGCUGCUUAAUGGCGAAAACAUCGCUCUUGACAGCGAGGCACGUGUCCAGUCAAAUGGCAAGUUAAUCUUGAACAGCGUUCAGAAACGCCACGCUGGCUACAUUCAGUGCUUUGCUCGCAAUGAACUGGGAGAGCAUAGUGCCGGCACCUUGUUGCAGGUUAAUCCCAAGCAGAUUCAGAGUGAGCCGACGAGACACAAUCAUGGAGGGGGACAUCAGCGAACGCAGGAGCGGCUCCAUCGUAAGCAAAUGAUAAUGGUACCACCAUCUGCGCCAAAUGUGACACGACUCUCGGAUGAGUGCGUAAUGCUGCGCUGGCAUGUCCGCCGCAAUGAUGGCUUGCCAAUACAGUUCUUUAAGGUGCAGUAUCGCAUGCUGAAGGAUUCAGGGAAGCGUAAUUGGGAGACUAUGAAUGACGAUAUAGCCUAUGGUAAACCCAAAUGGAAUAAUGAACAAGGCAAGAGCUUUACAGCAUCAGUACCUAAUCUAAAGCCUCAGCACUUCUAUCGGUUUCGUAUCAUGGCUGUCUAUUCAAACAAUGACAAUAAGGAGAGCAUGAAAUCGUCGAAAUUUUUCCUGCAACGUGGAGCCGCUUUGAAGCCGCUGCCUGUGCCCGAGCUGGUACAAAUUGAGGAGCAUUCUCAAACAGCAGUAGUGCUACACUGGCGUCUCGCGAGCGAUGCGGAUGAACAGCUCAUAUCGGGCUAUUAUGCCUACUAUAGGCCCAGCUCAUCGGCUGGUGAAUACUAUAAAGCCACAAUUGAGGGCGCACAAUCGCGCAGCUUUCAAAUAAACACACUGGAGCCGGGCUCCAUCUACGAGUUCAAGCUGCAAUCAUUUAGUGCCAUGUCUGCAUCGGAAUUUAGCGCUUUGAAGCAAGGACGAACGCAAAGGCCCAAGACUACUACAACGGAGCAGCCAAACGAUUAUCCCGUAGACACCACAACGCCCAGUCAAUUUGAGGCAUUCAGCAUUGAUCCUUUGUUCCUUGGUAGUGUUGGGGGAGGAGCCAUCUUACUGUUAUUAUUGCUAGCCAUAUGCCUGUGCCUAUACCGUCGCAGGCGUAGCAAUGAGUUAAACAAAGCGCGAAUUGGAGAGCUAAGAGAAGAUUUUGUGGCGUUAGGGACUUGUGCGCCAAACAAAGCCCGCCCUCGGCACAUACACAUCACGUUAAAUCCGCUGGCACAGCACGAGGAUAAGAGUUCCCCCACUACUCAGGACAAUGAGCUGGGAUUCUUUCAGCGACAGCCCGUCUAUGAUUCGGAACCCCAUGGCUUCAAUGGCCAUGCACGCCUGACGUCAUCAUCAUCGUUGCGACGCUCGCAGCGAACAUUAGAGCGUGCCGGAGCAGGUGGAAGUGGCGUUGGAGCUGGAAGCAACAACAACAAUCUAAAUCAAGCCGUGGACAGCAGUCUGGUGUCUUCGGAUACAACGCGCUUGCAGACGCCCAAUAAAUCUGCGCGUGUUAUGAUAAAACGCGCGCGCCUGCCAAGUCGCUCUGAGAAUCUCUCUUCCGGGAGUCUGAACAGCGUUGGUGUGUAAUGUCGUCAUUGUACUCGUAAGAUAUUAAUUUGCAUUAACAAAAACUCAAAAUUAAUUUAUUUUGAAUUUAAAGAAAUCAAUCAUUGAUCAGUUCAUUUAAAAUAACUUAUAUGUGCAUAUAAGCUAUGACUGUUUGACUGCGUGAUUAUGCGUAUGCUACUU